CCGCGCAGCCAGCGGCAUGGAGCGGCGCCGGGGCUGAGCCGGGCGCAGCGGGCGCGGCGGGCGCGGCGGGCGCAGCGGGCGCAGAGGCCCCGUCGGAGCGGCCGCCCAGCAGCGCCGGAGAUGGGAGAGCAGCCCAUUUUCACCACCCGCGCCCACGUCUUCCAGAUUGAUCCCAGCACCAAGAAGAACUGGGUGCCCGCCAGCAAGCAGGCUGUCACCGUCUCCUUCUUCUACGAUGUCACCAGGAACAGUUACCGGAUCAUCAGCGUGGACGGAGCCAAGGUCAUCAUAAACAGCACAAUAUCUCCCAACAUGACCUUCACCAAAACAUCGCAGAAGUUUGGGCAGUGGGCCGACAGCAGAGCCAACACGGUGUUUGGCCUAGGCUUCUCCUCGGAGCAGCAGCUGACAAAGUUUGCAGAGAAAUUCCGGGAGGUGAGAGAAGCGGCCAAGCUCGCCCGUGACAAGUCCCAGGACAAGCUUGAGACCUCAAGUGAUCACUCCCAGGAGUCCGGGUGUGAAGGCCCAUCCUCUGCGCAGGCCUCCAGUGUAAAUGGUACUGACGACGAGAAGGCCUCCCGGGACCCUGGCCCUGCCCACUCGCACCUGCGCUCCGAGAACGACAAGCUAAAGUUCGCCCUGACGCAGAGUGAACACCCGCCUGCCUACAGCGCUGCCAACGUGAAGAAGUGGGAGGUGGAGCUGCAGACGCUUCGGGAGAGCAACGCCCGGCUCAGCUCGGCACUGCAGGAGUCCGCGGCCAGCGCAGAGCAGUGGAAGCGACAGUUCUCUGUCUGCCGGGAUGAGAACGACCGGCUCCGCAGCAAGAUCGAGGAGCUGGAGGAGCAGUGUGGGGAGAUCAGCCGUGAGAAAGAGAGGAACAUCCAACUCAACAGGAGAAUCGAGGCCCUGGAGUCAGAGCUGCAAGAGAAGGAGACGGAGCUGAAAGAUCUUCGGAAACAGAGUGAGAUCAUCCCGCAGCUCAUGUCGGAGUGUGACUACAUCUCAGAGAAGUUAGAGGCAGCUGAGAGGGACAAUCAGAACCUGGAGGACAAGGUGAGGGCCCUGAAGACAGACGUGGAAGAGAGCAAGUACCGACAGCGCCAUCUGCAGGCAGAGUUGAAGAGCUUCCUGGAGGUGCUGGAUGGCAAGAUCGAUGACCUGCACGAUUUCCGAAGGGGCCUGUCCAAGCUGGGUGCUGACCACUAGCUGCGGCCUCUCCAGGCGCUGUUUCUACCAUGGCUGUGCCAUGGGCACCUCCUCUCCUCUCUGGAUGGUCCUGACUCAGGAGUACUGCACGGGGCCGACCCUCCUCCACAUCCAUGCAGGCCGGCCAGAUCAUCUCUGAGGGCUGUGGCGGCCAAUGGGAUGGCCAUAGUGCUUUCAGGUCUGGUGUCUUGUCUUCCUCGACAGCACACACAGUUGCUCCAAAACUGCCUUCUGUAGAGCCAGUCCCGAGAGUGAGCGUGCCUCUGGGCUUGUUCCCUGGUGAGGGUCCUGCCCCGCCAGCCCUCCCCCAGGCUAUAGGGGUGUGCGAAUGUACCCCCUCUUGGUUUUCCUUUCUGAGCCAUGACUGUGCUUCCGGGGCCUCGCACAGUGCCUGGCACACAGUAGGUGCUUAAUAAAUGUUUGUUCGGAGAAAUA